AUGAUUCCCCUGCCGCGCUCAUGGCUGCUGCACCUGGCUGCCCUCUGCCAUCUGACCGUCCUCCUGGCUGGUGAGGCUUCUGUGGACUCAGGACAACACCACGGGGUGAAGAAAUGCAAAAUCACGUGUGACAAGAUGACCUCGAAGAUCCCCGAGAAACUCCUAAUCCGCUAUGAACAGAACCUCGAGUCCUGUGGCAAGCCUGCCAUCAUUUUGGUGACGAAGAAGGCUAGAUUAUUCUGUGCUGACCCAGCAGAGACGUGGGUCCAGAAUGUCAUGAAACAUCUGGACAAACAGUUGGCUCCUGUGACCCAAAAUGGAGGCACGUUUGAGAAGCAAAUUGGCGUGAGUAAGCCCAGGACAACCACGGCCACAUGGGAAACGUACCAGUAUGCUGUGUCAGAGCCUGAAGCCACAGGGGAGAGCAGUAGUCUGGAGGUGACUCCUUCCCAGGAUGCACAGAUGGCCUUGGGGACGUCCCCAGAGCUGCCAACUGGAGUGGCUGCUUCCUCGGGGACCAAGUCCCCCUCAGCCUCAAAGGCUGAGGAUGAAGGUCCUCCACCUGGGUUCAGGGGAACUGAGCAUUUCAGUGUGGCUGCUGUCUCCACCACGAUCUCCACCGUAAUAGCUUGGCAGAGUUCUGCUGCCUACCAACCUGGGUCAGACCUCUGGGUGGAGGGAAAGACCUCUGAAGCCCCCUCCACAGAGGCCGCCCCCACUGAGCCCCUCUCCACCCAGGGCCCCUCCACUGAGACACCCACCAUUUCACACCCAGCCCCAACAUUUCACAAUGUUGGACCUGAAAGCCAGCCAGUAGGGGUCAACGAACAGAGCUCCAUGCCAGAGAACUCUCCAGAGUCUGAGAAGAUGGACCCCACUGCAACUUACACAGACGCUUUCCUGGAAGGGGGGCCUAGAAGCAUGGCCCACGCUUCUGUGGUCCCUGUCUUCUUUGUAGGAGACCCCAGCAGGGAGCCAGGGGCUGAAGGCAGCUGGGCUUCCAAGGCUGAGGAGCCCAUUCAUGCCACCAUGGACCCCCAGAGUCUGGGCGUCCUCAUCACUUCUGUCCCCGACUCCCAGGCAGCCACCCGGAGGCAGGCAGUGGGGCUGCUAGCCUUCCUUGGCCUCCUUUUCUGCCUGGGGGUGGCCAUGUUUGCGUACCAGAGCCUCCAGGGCUGCUCCCGCAAGAUGGCGGGGGAGAUGGUGGAAGGGCUUCGCUAUGUCCCCCGGAGCUGUGGCAGUAACUCAUAUGUCCUGGUGCCAGUGUGA